AACUAACUAAGCUCUAAGAGAAGGAUGUGGCCCUGUAAACCAAGAUUUAUAAUGUAAGAGUUCAGGGAUUGGAUGACAAAUUGGUGUCACAUAAAAACCAGCCUGCCAUUUGUAAUAAUCCAUGAUAUGUUCUUCAAAUUGAUUAAUUCUUGGCUGCUCUUAAUCACCUCCAUACUAUAAUGGGUGGAUUGGACAAGAGAAUUAUUGCCACAGUGUAAUCUUAUGGUAUUCCUGCAGUACACCUUGUACAAUUCUUUUGGAGAGCAGCAAAACCUCUCCAGAAGUUUCCCCCUACAAAGAAAAGAAAAAACUAUGACAUCGACAUCCAAAGGAAUUUUUCGCCCAUUUUUUAAUCACCUGCAUCAUCCUGGUUGUUUCAUGGCAUGUCUGCUCAUUUACAUCAAGCCCACCAACAGCUGGAUCUUUGGCCCCAUAGAGACAACCAGUUCUGUUCUGAAAAUGAAAAAUUUCUUUUCCAGCAAAACUGAUGAUGUGAAUGAAACCAUCAUAUUGAUUUGGGUAUGGCUUGGGCAGACAUUUGACCUUUCAUCCUGUCAAGCAAUGUUUAACAUCCAUGGUUGUCGUCUCACCACUGAUCGAGCCCUUUACAACAAAUCCCAUGCUGUUCUGAUUCAUCAUCGAGACAUCAGUUGGGAUCUCACUAAUUUACCCCAGCAAGCUAGGCCACCAUUCCAGAAGUGGAUUUGGAUGAACUUGGAAUCGCCUACCCACACACCCCAGAAGAGCGGCAUUGAACACCUCUUCAAUCUAACUCUGACUUAUCGCCGGGACUCUGAUAUACAAGUGCCUUAUGGCUUCAUGACAGUAAGCACAAACUCCUUUGUGUUUGAAGUGCCAAGCAAGAAGAAAUUGGUGUGCUGGGUUGUCAGUAACUGGAAUCCUGAGCAUGCAAGAGUCAAGUAUUACAGUGAACUGAGUAAAAGCAUUGAAAUUCAUACCUAUGGGCAAGCAUUUGGAGAAUAUGUGAAUGAUAAAAGCUUGAUUCCCACCAUAUCUACUUGUAAAUUUUACCUUUCCUUUGAAAAUUCAAUCCACAAAGAUUACAUCACUGAAAAACUCUACAAUGCUUUUUUGGCUGGUACAGUCCCUGUUGUGCUGGGUCCAUCUAGGGAAAACUAUGAGAAUUUUAUUCCAGGGGACUCCUUCAUUCAUGUGGAAGAUUACAGUUCAGCCAGUGAGCUAGCCAAAUAUCUUAAGGAGCUAGACAGAAACGAUAAAUUAUACCUCAGUUACUUUAACUGGAGGAAGAGUUUCACAGUGAAUCUCCCACGGUUUUGGGAAACACAUGCGUGCUCUGCUUGUGACCAUGUGAAGAGACACCAAGAGUACAAGUCUGUUGGUAAUCUAGAGAAAUGGUUUUGGAAUUAAUAUUUGCCAUCUCUUGCACACUUAGUAGAAGAUUCUGAUGGAAUCUAUUUCAAGCUGUGAUAAUAAAAAGAGAGACAUCAGUCUGUGUUCUGUGCCACAGCUGACUCGACCAUCCUCUCUUGGGUACCUUAUUUAUAUUUUGUCAGAGUUUUAAGAGAUCAACAUCAGCAGUCUUCAGCACUCGAUUUUAAAUUAUACUGUAUAUAGCUAAUUACCUGCACUGAAACAUAAUUUAUUGUUUACUAUCAUUUUUAAUCAAUGUUGGGUUUUUUUCCCUUCUACAUUUGGGUUAGGUUGUCGGAAACGUAAAUUUGUUAUUUGAUUAUUGUGGUUCUACAUUGAUCAGCUGCUUAAUCUAUUUGGAAAAUUAAGGCCCAGAUUAUAGUAUCAUGGAGGAUUUCCAUUUAAUUCUUUCCUUUGUACGUUAAAUUUUCCACAAUGUAACAAGGAAAGAGUAUGUUGCAAUUGAAUUAAAAUUAAUCUUUUUGUAUUCCCAAGUUUAACACAGGGCAUAGUUGCCUCUCUUUUCAUCUUAUCUGAAUACUCUGUUUGCGAAGGCAGAGUUAUUACUAUAUUAAAAAGGGAAAAAGAACAAGCUCUAACAGAGUAUUAGUGUGUUAUCCAAGGAGCCAACUGACCUACCAUUUGUUUCAUUAUGAUAACUUGAAGCUGUAUAUGUUUACUCUCAUUAUCUUUAGAUAAAAUUUUGAAGUACUAUUCACUCACAUUCCUGUGGUCCAGGAAAUAGCAUUUUAAUACCUUUUAAAUGAAAUACCAGACUGUUUCCACCGUGAUAAAACAAUUACAACGAAAAAAAGAUGACUUUGCCCCCAACAGGAACGGAAAACUGUAUAGAGAACAUGCCAAUAAUAUUAUGAAUGUUAUCAUAAUGUAAAAAUAUUUUACAUACAAACCAAUCUAUUUUUGCUAUAAUAGCAUAUGUGAAUAACAUCUGAAUAAAUGUAAAGAUGUGCAUCAAUAUAGGUAAAUUAUGUGAAUGGAAAUUAUCUUUACUGUGAAUAGGCCUAAGUAUCAGAAAUUUCUUCCAUGUUUCAUUCCAGUAUUCCUUCUGUUUGUGAUAUUUGUGGCCAUAGUUCCUAAGUGCUUUACAGAACUACAGAGAUCCCUGAGAAACAGGAAUCAAAUAUGAUCACUCGACAUGGUACAUCAUCUUUGAGGUUAUAAGUAAGGAAGAGAGGAAGAGACCAAAGCAAGAGAGAGAGGAGGAACCACAGGAAUGUGUCGCUGGAAGGUUCUUCAGUGCUUUCAUUCCAUCAGAGCUGUCCAAAAGUAGAAAUGGGGUUGCCUCUGGAGAUUCUGAGUUCUCUAGCACUAGAGGUCUUCAAGUAAAAGCUGGAUGACUUCUGGUCCUGAGUCUACUAGGUACAUAUGGGGCUUAGAUGAUUUGGAGUCCUUUACCAUCCUUGGGUUACAAGUCACAUACUUGUAUGUACUAUUGAGUGGAUUUUAAAUGAACAGUUUUCAUCUUAAUAAGAAAACAGCAUAAUCCUCCAUUCUACAUAGCUAACCAUACUGAGAUUAAAGGUGAUUAUGAUUUCGGUUUUCUUUGGUUCUUUGGGUUUGUUUGCUUUUAAAGAAUUCUCAAGUCUUUUUAUCUUCUAACUAUACCAUACUGUAUAAUAGUGACUAUCUAGACAUCGGAGUUACAAAAAUUUCAUAUUAAUUUAUUUCAGGGUUUCAAAAUACAUGAAGUUAAAUAUUUGUCCUUGAGGUUUUCAUUAUUUGUCAUGUCAGGAAAAAAAUAAAAUCUAAAGAGGAAGGAUAGCUAAUGCAUGUUUCAAAAAGGCCUAACUCAGAUUGAGACUAUAGAUUUGACUUUCUUUGAAAGCUAAAAACUAAAUAGUAUUCACAAAUCCAAUCUAUGCUGACUGGUAGUGUCCUUAUAAAUAUAGUGGGGGCAGCUCUGGAGAUCAAGAGAACUAUAUUCUAGUUGCCUCUGCUUCUAACUGUCUGAUUUGAGGCAAGUUAUUUUCAAUGGCUGUGUUUAUGAUGAUGAAAUAACCAGAACCAAAAUUCUUUGUUCACAUUGGCUCAUCUCUCCAGCAGAAUUGCAAAGCCACACAACCUAGAAGCAUCAGUUUUCCUGCUCCUAAUAUAUUUUUUUAUUAUUUUUUUUUAUUAUUUUUUUUUUAGUAAGGCAGUUGGGGUUAAGUGACUUGCCCAGGGUCACACAGCUAGUAAGUGUUAAGUGUCUGAGGCCGGAUUUGAACUCAGGUACUCCUGAAUCCAGGGCCAGUGCUCUAUCCACUGAGCCAUCUAGCUGCCCCUCCUGCUCCUAAUAUAUUAAAGAAAAUGGACCAACAUUUCUGUUCUGUCUUGAGAUCAUUGACGUUUAUAAAUGGAAAGGACCUUAGAGAUAAUUUUUUAUGUUAAGAUAAUCUUUAAAUAAUUUUAAGAUUAUAAUAAAGUCAUCUCUUAUUUUAAAGAAGAAAAUACUGAGUCUCAGGGAAGUUGUGACUUGCCCACAAUCAUACAACUCAGAAAUGGCAAAGUCAAGCCAAAACCCAGAUUUCCUGAAUCUUUCUCCACUGCUCCUUCCAGUAAACCAUGCUGCCUUGAUUAUGCAAAUGAAGAAAAGAUUUUAUUGAUAUGAGUAGGCCCUAGUCAAUUGAAAUCCUCCAUGUAGACUUUGACUUUUCAGAAGAAAAAUACUAAAUCUAAAAUGUGUUGUCUUUCUGGAUAAGAUAUUUCAGGAAACAUUGUUUAAAUGUGCUACCAAUACAUACUAAGGGAAAUACAUAUACAAUGGAGAUCAUUCAUGCUCAAAUAACUUGAAUAAUGCCUAUCAAAAUUUGAAAUAACUUUAUACUUGUGAAGGGUGUGUUGAUUCUUUGAUGUUGAUUGCUGUUAAUUUUUAAAUGAAAUACUAAAAGCUAUAGAUGCUUUAUGGAUAUAAAGAUUAUGCACACUACAGAAUUUUAGUGUUCUUGUUCCAAAAUGUUACGAGAGUUGCUUCUCGGUGUUCUGAUGUUUCUUUAAAUCAUAUUUAUUCUAAGGUCAUAAAAGAAUGAUAGGAUACCUUCAAUAUUCCUAAACCAGCAGCACUAUAAUAUAAAAAGAACCCAUAAUAGGCAUAAAUUUGGCACGCUUAAGUCUAAGCUUCCAAAAACAAAAUCAGAUGGGAAGACCAAUGUAAACCUAGAAUGGUGAUCUUUUCUAUAAAAGUACCAAUGCUAAAACAGAAUAUUGGAAAAUAUCAUCUAUUUCAGAACCUUAGAAGGUCCAUGACAUUUUAAGGGCUAGUUCAAGUGUUGGGGCAUAUAGGAGUUAUUGGUUCAGGCAUUUAUUUCUUCAAUUUUCAGUCUCCCCAGUCCUUGCUCUGCAUCUCAGGUCAUUGCAAAAGCUUUGUGAGGAGAUCAGAAAAUUAUGUUAGGUAGGAAUAAUAGCUAUUUGACUGCCAUUUUUCAAACUACCUACCAAGAUAUUAAGGAGAGGUAUUGAGAACUAAAAAUUGGUUGAUGGUUCAGAAAUUAUGUCUCAUCUCUUUUCUAAUGAAACAGUCUCAGUUUAGAACCUAUCUCUGAGAUCCACUGAACUUUCACAAUGAAAUUUCAGUAAGAUGUAAAAUGCUUAACAUUUUGUAUGACUUUAAAUAAUAAAAUAGCCUACAGGAUACUCCUUUGUGUCAGGAAGGAUAUAGAAUGGAUUUUCAUUUCUUCAGGGGAUUUUUUUAAUGAAAUGUCAUAGUUCUGAUCCACAUGUAUUAAAUGUAAGUAAUGUUCCACAUUUUAUUUAAUGUUAUGUAUCCAUUUGGCCAGUUGACUCCCUGGGAGGCCAAGAUCAACCCUUGCUUGUCGAUAGUUCCAUAUUUUGCUACAACACUUCAUAAUGACUGACUAAAACACUUUAUUUUGCCUACUUAUGGGCACUGAAUGAUUGUUUUCCUCUAAUAUGUGUUUUGGGUAUAAUAAUAGAAACUCCUAUAUCAUACAAGCUGUUUUUUAGCAUUUUCAGUGGUGUCUGAUGCUUUGUGACACCCAUUUGGGGUUUUCUUGGCAAAGAUACUGGGGCGGUUAGCCGUUUCCUUCUCCAGCUCAUUUGACAGAUGAGGAAACUGAGGCAAAAUAUGU